AUGCAAACAACAGGUAUGUCUUAUUAUACUGUACUACACAUUAUAAAGACAUAUCUAACCACACUUCUAUAAUCCCAUUCAGUAUAAUACCUGCAUGCAUAACCACAACUUACAAAGGUUUCCAAAUGUCAGAAGGAGGGGAGAAAAUCUGGAAAAGUAGACAACCGUUAUAUAUAGAUUCAGCCAUGGCUAAAAGCGAAGCUCCCAUUGAAAAGUUAAGUGAUUUUGGAGUGAAACAAAUGUUAUAUCGAGUUGAUAUAGCCUUAUGUGUACACCGAAAAAGGUGUACGGUCAAAUUUAAGAGCAAUAAUGGCUCUUGAUCACAGUAGAUAAUGCGUGGAAAACAAAUCAGGCCGAUCGACAAUUUUACAAAUUCUUGCCAAUAAAUCUGGAUGCAUGCAAACCAAUCUUUUAUUUUUUUUAAUACACCAUAUCUGAGGAGAAAGAGUACUAUGAGGCGCUGUUUUUAUCAUACAGACCUCGUACAUAAUGCAGUAUUUCACAAUUUUUCAAGACAAAUUGCAUUCAUUCAAUAUUCAGGACCAUCGAAGCACGCGAGGACUUUUAAUUACUGAAAUCGUUCAAAAAAUUUCCAAAAUCACCCAUACGGCCAGCCGGUUCUAACUUUUAACAAGCGCCAAAUUUGUGAAGAAAUUUUAAAAGAGUUACGCUUCAACGUGAUAAAGAAUUUAUUAAGUCUAUUUUUUAUACAUGGUUUUAUAACGAUGUGUAAUCUUAAAAAGCGUUUGCUACGCUCGGCAUUUUGAGUACUCCUGCAAGCGAUGGUUAUGAACGGCUGAAAACAAACGGCAAAGCGAUGAAAAUUACACCUUUGAGACUACCAACAAUCAAUAAAGAACUAUAAUUCGGUAGAACAUUUACAGAGACAACAAUUUUCAUGCACGAAAACAAAUGAGUAUUUAAGUGUCUCUAAGAAUCCUCAAGUCUUCAGUAGUAAGCUUAAAGAUUAAGUUUAUGUUUUUAGCCGCCGGUUUCCCGGGCCUGUUUGCUGUUUCCAAAGAUGAACUCAGGACAAGAAAAUCGCUCAAAGCUUUCUUCCUAAAGCCAAAAUUAUAACUAAAUAUUCUUCGGAAAGUCUUUUCUUUCUAUUUAUGGUGAAUUAAUAUCUAAAGGCAGAGAUGCCAACCUCUGGAGAUUUAAAAUCUGGAGACUCUCUGUUUUCCAUUAGCCCACUACCCCCGGAAAUCUAGGACAUUAUAUCAAGUCUUACAUGAAGUAGAUACCAUCAAAAUUCGCGAUCAUCGUUUUGAUGCCAGAAAUAAUCUUUGUCAGUGACUAAAUAGGUGUAAAAUGCCUCAGAAACAGUAUUACCAACACGAAAAAUUCAAGUUUUGAACUAAAAAUGGGCUAAAUUUCAAACUAAGGCACAGAAAAGCUCAAAAGAUGAUUUUAUCCAGGAGAUAAAGCGAUCCGUACGGGAGACCGGGAGAUUGGUGUCGUAUCUGGGAGACUCCCGGAUAAUCCGGGAGGGUUGGCAUGUAUGUAAUGGCUUUUUAAAGUUCUGUAAGCUUAAGCUUAUAUCAAACCUCAUACUAGGCCAGAUCACUGUCUCAGUCAAAUCUUAAUAAAAACGUGCAUAAACUAGCUUCAUAAACUGUGCCGCUGGACUUCAUGAAAUUAGAUAUAAAUACAACAAUUACUCAGGCUUACCAUAUUUCGAGAUGCAGCUCCUGAAAGCUGUCAAGAAAGGCAAGGAUCGCUUGAGUCUUUAUACUUCUCGCACGCAUCCAGCAAGGUGAAAAACAAAAUCGAUGCCAUCCGAAAUCGGAUUAUCGGCUCAGACAAGCGACUCAUUUCUCAAUGAAAAACCCAAUAAACAAACCAGCCUUGAAUAAGAGAACACUCUUUAUAGCAGCUGUAUUUCAUUUUGUACAUCCAGUGGAAAAAGACAGUGAAAAACAUUGCAAGCUGACUCAAAACUCUGUCAGCUUCAGGUGUCAAAGUAAACAACUUUCAAGAUGCUGCAUAAAUUUUACGCAUGAAUUCACCUGUCAAAUUUUAACCAAUCAGAGCAUAAAAAUUGGAUGGGAGCGUGACCAACACGUGACCAUGGUAAGAAAAGGUCUUCCCCGCCUGUAUUUUAAAAAAACUGGCUGAAUUUUUGGGUCUGAGGUCAGUUUGAAAUCAAAAUCGUAAUAGUGCUGGGCGAUACUGACAUGAACACAACAUAUUUGAUAUGAAUUAAAAAAAAAGUAAACGUGAGCCUGCAAUCAUUUGAAAACGAAUAAAUUGUCAGCGGAUAACUUCAAAAAAUACUCGACCUUUAUGGGUCGACACCUGAGCCCGUGAUACGGUCUGGUGAUACUGGUCAGCGGAUACCCUGUUUUGACAGCUGUCAAUUGAUGACAACAUUGAUGUGCAAUCAGCUUUCUCCUGGGCUCCCGAAGUAGCUAGAAAGUGUAAGAGUAAACACUGGUAUGCCUGUGGUGCGGACGGACGGUCGGUCAGUCAGUUGGUCGGAUGGUCAUGUGAUUACCAAAUUUUCUGGGAUGGGUAGAUUACCUUAGCUAUGGGGCUCCGCCCACGCGCGCGUGGAGCUCUGCUAAGAAUUGAAGACUGCAAAGGCCCUGACUCUAGGGGGGUUAGUUAAGUCAACAGCAUACAAUCAAGUAGCCUAGAUGAAACUCAGGCAGCUGCCAACUUUUUUUAAAACCAUUGGGCUUCAAAUCCAAUACUUAUAUACCUUCACUUAACUCAUAACAUUCACCUUCAUUUCAGAAACAAUAUGUUAUGAUGAUGCAUGCCAUCUGAAAAAGUAUGCAAACAACCCAGCUAGAAACAGUUUAACAGCCACUACAAGGACGAUGGCUGGAAUGGAAAUGGUGGUGGAUAAGUUCCAUUUUCCAAAUCAUGUCGAUCGGUGGUGUAAGACCAACUGCAAUCCCUAUAACAGUACAAAACUCAAGGUAGUUUCCCUUUUUUAGUUCAAUUAUAAAAACAGAAACUGCUUCCAUCCAUGUUCACUGCAUGCAUCGAUCACUCUUUAACAUAACAGCAAGAUAUGAAUGCCCUGCAAAAAAACAGAUAAAGAUACAAUCUGAUCCACCCCCUUUCAUAAUAUUUAAUUAACUACAUUUUUGUAAUAAAAUAAAAAUAUAAUAUGCCAAUCAAUUCCAGCCCAACCAAAACAAUACCUAACGCGAAAUGGUCAACCCAAGAGAUGCCUGCUGGGCCAACUGAAAUAGCCAGGUGCAUAAUUUAGAGGAUAAUUGAUUUAUAUUACCAUAAAUAAUUAAUAAUGCUUUACUAACAUAUAGACACUCUUCAUCAAAAACCCUCAAACUUAUUCAUGUAAAAAUGCCUACAACAGUUUGCCAUAUGGAAUUUACAAGAUUAAAAUUAUUUGGGCUACAUACAAAUCCAUAAAGCUAAAUGCUUCAAUUGCUUAUCAAAUGAAAAUUGCUUGACUCCAUUUUUGUUCGAUUUUUUCCGGGAUGUCAACACUGAAGUAUGUGAACAAUUGUUCUCCUGGUUAUCCAGGUUCUCAAUUAUUACGAAGCACAUGAACAGAUGGCGGUUUCUUUUCCUUAUGUCGUACCUUUUGGACCAACACAAUGAGGACAUCGCUAAUAAUAAGCAGUGGUGA